AUGGAACAACUAGUAGCAUGUACCACUGUUAUUACCUCUUCGACUUUAAACGAAGACGUUCAACGUAUGGAGAAAAAAAUUGAUCGUAACUUUGUAAAUCUUGAAUCACAUCAACUAGUGUGGCUAGCUUCACAACAUGGACAUAAUUCAGUUUCAGUCGAAACAUUAAGACAGAUUAUUGAUUACACAAAAUUAUUCGAAGACGCUGACGCUUGUGAAGAAUAUAUGAAAACCUCAAGUGAGAUAACCACGUUUCUAAUGAUUUCCGACGGAAUGAAUCAUGAAAUAUUAUCUCGUAUACACAAUAUUAAGCAGGUCUUCAGAGUUUAUAUUCAUGAUACAAGCAGCGAAGAGAAUAACAACGAAUGCUUGGCAAAGUAUCCAAAAGUAAAGCUUGCAUCAAAAGAUGUUCAGUUGUUAUUAGUGACGUUAACGGAAGACGUUAAAACAUUUUUAAAACAAAACAAAAGCAUUUUAAUUAGCAACAACAAUUUGAAUUCGUUACCAGAACAGCAGGUGACACAUGGUGAUAGUUUGUCUUGGUGGUCAGUAUUUCUAGAUUUUUUACUAUACUAUCUACCGUAUCCAAAGAAAGACUGUUUAAAAAAACUCGUGACCGCAAUGAAAAAGUAUUAUACGGGUAACUCUGCUGAACUACGUAAUGUUGAAGAAUUCGAAAAUAAUUAUAGAAUGGAAGAUGCUAUCAAGUGGUACACACGUGAAAUGUUUGUAUACCGUCUGGUAAACAAAGGUUUUCGUCAACGUAAUAUAACUCUUCUCAUUCUCUUCGGAUUCUAUAUACAAGAUAUUUUUUCGCAAUUGAACGAUGAGCAUCAAAAGUUCAAGUCUACACACUUGUCGUCCGAUUUAAUAAAAGUCUAUCGAGGACAGUCAAUGUGGAAUGAAGAAAUUCAAGAUAUCAAAUAUGGAUACAAUAAAAUUGUUAACUGGUGCUUCUUUUCAACGACACGUGAUCGGCCUCUAGCAUUUGUCUAUCUGAACGACUUUGUAAAAUCGGAAGAUCCCAUUCAAAAUGUUCUAUUUGAAAUCGAAAUUGACUAUCGAACAAUGUCCUAUCCUUACGCAGAUAUCGCACAUCUAAGCUAUUUUCCAGUUGAAUCGGAAAUUCUAUUUAUGACUGGAACCGCAUUUCAUCUAAUAGAUACUGUGUACAGUGAAGCUGAACAUUUAUGGUUAAUUAAAUUGAAGCUAGAAGAAGAUAGACGAAAGACAAAAGAAAAUAAUAGUCUUUCAAGCACCAACAGUGAUACUAGUAAACGAUCUCAUCUCAAAACAGCUGUUCGUACUCUUCUUCAACGACUCGAUUCAAUACCAACCGGCGAUAUGAAUAUCAUAUUUGAUGAAAUAGUUGCACUAUUUCCUACCGAACAGAAUUGGCUUACGGCUGUUAGAUUUCAUUGUCUAGCCAAUCAUGAGCAGUAUAGGUAUGGCAGUAUUUUAAGCACAUUUAAAUCAAGAGCCACCAACUAUUACAAAGCACUGGAAAUCUGGCGAACUUAUGUAAAUGACAUUGAGUUGAACUGUCAUUUGGAUAUUGCAGAUAUACAUUUUGAAAUGGCUGAAUGUCAUGCACAUAUUUUGGUCGAAGAGUAUAAACUAGCUGAAAUUCACUACGACUUAGCUCUGGAAAAUUACAUAUUGGCACAACAAAGUAUAUCAAUUGAAAACAAUGAUAAAACCUGUAUCUAUGAGAAGUUGGAUGAUAUUUAUCAGAUGAAGAUGAAAAUUGCUAACGUGAACAGCAACAGUGACAUUUUUGAAAUGGCUUUGAAGAAUAGAAAAGAUUAUGUUACACAUUUGAUAGAAUCUAAUCAGCCAAACGAUGUUACACUUGCUAGUUCUUAUAAAAAUCUGGCAGAAAUGUACAAGUCCGUAGAAAAAUACGACGAAGCGCUGAUUAACUACGAAAAGGCAUUGGGAAUUUACAGAAGCCAAACACCCUCCGAUUAUUACACUAUUUUAUGUCUAGCUAAAGAAAUUGCUGACAUUUAUACAAGAUACAAAAGGGAUAACAGCUCAGCUUGGCAAUACCAGGAAAUUGUUCGUGACAUCGAAUCAAAAGAAACAUCGAAACUCGGACAUUUUAUGACGGCAGCAAAACUGCACAAAACAACUACGGUUUAG